AUGGCGGGUGUAAGCAAAUGCUUGAAGUACUCCAUGUUCAUCUUCAACUUUUUCUUUUGGGUGUGUGGUUGCAUUAUUUUGGGAUUCUCUAUAUGGAUACGUGUUACCAGUGCUCAGCAGGGGGUAGACAGCAGCCUGCUUGGAGGAGCUAAUCUCCUGAUAGCCGUAGGUGCCAUCAUCAUGAUCCUGGGGUUCCUCGGGUGCUGCGGCGCUGUCAAGGAGAGCCGGUGCAUGCUGAUGCUGUUUUUUAUUGCACUGCUUCUGAUACUGAUUCUUCAGGUGACAGCAGGUGUUUUAGGAGCAGUGUACAAACCUCAGGUUGAAGCAACCUUUAACCUUACUCUGAGCGAAGGUGUAAGUGCACUGCAAAGUACUACAGGAGAAUAUAAAGAGUAUCAGGAAGAGUUCCAGAAGCUGGAGAAAAUGUACCAAUGUUGUGGAUUGAGGGAUGGACCUAAAGACUGGGGACAAAAUUUUAACAAACAAACAGACAUCUGUCGUUGUGAAGUAGAGAAGCCAUCAUCAUCAGACCUCUGCACCACCUAUAGUGACAGACUCGUCUAUAAAAAAUCCUGUGGAGAAGUGAUUAUGCAACAAAUUAGAGACAAUCUGGUCAUAGUUAUGGGGAUCGCCUUUGGACUGGCUGCUGUUGAGAUUCUUGGUUUGGUGUUUUCUAUGACCCUCUACUGUCAGAUCGGGGGAAAAUGA